CUCCUCUCUCUCUCCCUCCCUCCCCUCCCUCCCUCCCUCUCUACAUUUCUAAAGUAAUCCAGGCGCAAAAGAAUAAAGAAAAAAAAAAAAAGAGAAAGAAAAAGAAAGAGGUCUCACCAUGGAGGAGGUGGCGCCGCCGUCGCCGGCGGCGGAGGGGAAGAGCGUCCUCCACGGUCGCUACGAGCUCGGGCGCGUGCUGGGGCGUGGGACCUUUGCGAAAGUGUACCUCGCCCGGAAUCUCCGGACGGGAAAGAGCGUGGCGAUGAAGGUGGUGGGGAAGGAGAAGGUGAUCCGGGUGGGGAUGAUGGAGCAGGUGAAACGCGAGAUCUCGGUGAUGAAGAUGGUCACCCACCCCAACAUCGUGGAGCUCCACGAGGUCAUGGCCACCAGGUCUAAGAUCUUUUUCGCUAUGGAGCUCGUCCGCGGCGGCGAGCUUUUCUCCCGGAUCGCUCGAGCCGGCCGCCUCCGGGAGGAAACCGCCCGCCACUACUUCCGCCAGCUCAUCUCUGCCGUCGACUUCUGCCACAGCCGCGGCGUCUACCACCGGGACCUCAAGCCAGAGAACCUCCUCCUCGACGACGUCGGCAACCUCAAGGUCGCUGACUUCGGCCUCAGCGCCUUCGCCGACCACGUGCGCUCCGACGGCCUCCUCCACACCACAUGCGGGACUCCGGCGUACGUCGCGCCGGAGGUGAUCGGGAAGAACGGAUACGACGGCGCCAGGGCCGACCUCUGGUCUUGCGGCGUCAUCCUCUUCGUCCUCCUCGCCGGGUUCCUCCCCUUCCAGGACGAUAACCUCGUCUCCAUGUACAAGAAGAUCCACCGCGGGGACUUUCGUUGUCCACCCUGGUUCUCGUCGGAGGCCCGCCGGGUCGUCACCAAGCUCCUCGAUCCGAACCCCAGCACCCGGAUCACGGUAGCCAAGCUGGUCGAGACGCCCUGGUUCAAGAAAUCGCCGAUCCUGAAGCCGGUGUUUGCGCCGGCGUCGGCGUCGGCGUCGGCGGCGGCGGCGGCUGAGGAGAAGGGUAAGAAGGAGACGGAGGAGCCGCAGAGGCUGAAUGCGUUCCAUCUGAUCUCGCUCUCGGAGGGGUUCGAUCUGUCGCCCCUUUUCGAGCAGGGCAGGGGGAGGAGAGAGGAAGGGAUGCGGUUCGCGACCAGGGAGCCGACGAGCGGGGUGAUCUCGCGGCUGGAGGGGGUGGCGUCGCGGGCGGAGGGGCGUUACCGGGUGACGAAGAGCGGGGCGACGGGGGUGCGGCUGGAGGGGGAGGAGCUGGGGAGGAAGGGGAGGCUCGCGGUGGCGGCGGAGUUCUUCACGGUGGCGCCAUCGGUCCUGGUGGUGGACGUCCGGAAGGAUGCCGGCGACAGCCUCGAGUACCGGAACUUCUGCAGCGACGAGCUCCGCCCCGCCCUGAAGGAUAUCGUUUGGCCCGCCUCCGACUCCCAAACCACCACCACCGUCUGAUCAAAGCCCAUGUCCGUCCGAUCAACGGUCGAGAUUCGGGGCGAUUCUUUGGAUAUUUUCUCUAGCGCCCAUCUGCGAUGUUGGGGUAUUAGUGUCAUUAAAUGUGUUUGUAUAAAUCGAAAGCCGGGGGCGUUUAUCUGUUUCGUUCUUGUUGAUGUUUUCGUUGUCUUAGUCUCAUGUUCCUCUCUAACAUUAACUCUGUUCAUUCUAUUCUUGUUUAAUUGCAUGGAUUUGGCUGUUGAAUGUUUUAUUAAAAUAAAACUUAAACGUAGAUCAUA